AUGCGUGGUUGCGUGAAUCGAUUUUUGUUGUUUGGUCUGGAUGAGGAUGUGCGUGAUGUAUUAACUGAUAAAUCAGAAUGCCGUACAACUGAUCGACGUUUGUUUCAUCUCGUGGCGCUCACCCCACAAACUGACCUCCUAAGUGCUGCUCCAACACAACCAGCAACAGUAACAACAGUACCACAGGAAAAUAAAAAGAUGGAAGAGGAUAAGAAGAAAGCUGAAGAAGAAAUGAAAAAGAUUGGGGGAAAAAAAGAUGAAGAGCAAAAAAAGGAGGAAAAAAAGAACAACGAAAAAGAGGAUAAGAAAAAAAGUGAGGAAGAGAAAGAAAAUAGACAAACAGAAAAAAAGGAAAAAACAGAAAAAGUCGAAGGUAACAGGGAAGAGGGUCGGCAAGUUGGAGAAAAUCCGAUCGUAACACCCGUCUCAGAUGAGGAUGAGAUACUUCCGGAAGCAGAGAAAAAAGGAAGGGGAUUAGCUGUGAAUGCUACUCAGGAAGAGAAUAAAGAGGUAUGA